AUGAAAGAUCUCCCUCCAAGCCGUACAUACGACUUUCAUCGAAUACGGCUUUCCACGGAAUUCUAUAUGGAUGACGGUGCAAAUGGAUCCUUAUUUGGUUGUGAGGAUUGUAAAAAAUUACUACGUGCUAGGGAGCCUCCGGGGACGGAUCAUAUCACCGUCAUGUUGCGCCUCUUGCGCGAGUCAACCCUGGGCGUAGAUGGCGAUUGGACAACAAUUGACAAUUACUUUGAACCUCUUAUUAAGGGGGGAAAGAAGAAGACAAAGGAGGUGGCAGAAUAUAGGAAUGGGAUUAGGCCGAAAGGCGGGGCUAAGACUUGGGAAACCGUCUCUAUGGUAUAUGGUGUGGUGCAUCUUGUCGACAAACACCACUGGGUCGCUAUAAGUAUCGACAUAGUGGAGCAGGUGAUUCUUAUUUAUGAUUCCAUUAGACCGAAACAAAAUGUUAGUAAAGAUGGAUCCCAUGUAGAAAUCAGGAGGAUAGCGGACUAUUUGGAGGGAAACUGGUACGACAGGUCCUGGAGAGUCGAGUUCGUAGAAGCUCAACAACCCGAUAGGAAAUUGAAUAGGUGGGUGUUUGCUCUGUCAAGCAAACAUGUAUCGGGAUCUUUCAACAGAGGUGCUCUAUUUGGAUACAGGAAAACUAGCCGUGAUGACGCAACUGUUUUCUAUCACCGGGAUAACCCUGUAUACCCACUUGCUCGUAGAUUUCAAGGGGAUACAACUGAAGCUGUCACAACUGCAUUGUUGGAGUUGAAUGAACAUAAUGUGCAUUAGUCUUAGAACGGGUGUAAGUGGUUCGUCUGCUAAUGGGAUCAACAGGCUCACACAAUUUCAUAACUUUUUUUUUUGAUCCCGGUGAUAGAUUGAAUACGAAGACUUGAUCCCAGACCUCGUGGAUGGUUGUUGGCAACCACAAUUUCAUAACUAAUUGCAGAAAAGAUACACCUAACCCCAGCUUCGAUCCAUCUUUUAUGCUCUCUGUACAGUUCUGCUUCUAAAGUGGACUGAAAUGGGUGGGGGUGGUUCAUCGUUUGUGUUUGUAUUUUCAGAACCACAAUGAAGAAAUUUUGUUUAUAGAGGUACUAGAUAUUGUUCCCUUUUUAUUCUUAAAUUAUUAUGUUUGCGAGUUUGAAAGUAGUUGUGCAUAGUAGGAAAGAA